AUGUUCCUCCUCUUUGAAGCAGAUCCACAUACGGACCAAACGACUACACAUUGGAAUGUUCACCGCAUUCACGGCUAUCUCACUGUCGAGCCAGUGGACUCGCAUAUUGAUCGUUACGGCAAUAACAGGAACAGUGCCUUGCUUGGAUGGUUGAUGGUCUUUGUAUUCCUAACAUCAUUAAGCCUGCUUACGUUAUUUCGUCAAGCGAGAAUGCUAUAUACCGAGUGGUCUAACCAUGCUGCUGACGAAUAUCUCGACUGGUUUCGUGAAUUUAAUCAAUUCUGUGAUCUUGAUGAAGAAAGGAGUAGUGGCGGAUUUUCCGGGUAA